CAUGAAAAAAGCGAACGUAAACAAAAGGGAUUAAAGAAGAAUCAAGCAAGCUAUUGAGAAGGACAUUGUCAGGAGAACUGAAAGCUCAUUAGGGUCGGUGGAGAUAAGUUUAUUAAUAAUGGGAUGUGAAUUGGGAAAACUGGCAACGAGUGGUGAUAAUAAAAAAGAGGUGGAAAACAAUGUGAAUGAACCGCCUGCACCAGCGGCACCAGACCCUCGUUUACCACUCACAGCACGUCAGAAAUACUCAAUGGUGGCAUCAUGGAAAGGAAUUAGUCGAGCCAUGGAGACAACUGGCAUCAACAUGUUUAUCAAACUUUUUGAAGAACACGCCGAGCUUAUAAACUUAUUUGACAAAUUUCGAGAGUUGAAGACAAGAGAGGAACAAGCAAGAUCUGAAGAAUUGGCAGAACAUGCCAACAAAGUGAUGGAGACGCUUGAUGAAGGCAUUAGAAGCUUAGAUGAACUUGAUGUAUUCUUUCAAUAUCUUCAUGACGUUGGUGCGUCGCAUACACGAAUUCCAGGAUUUACUGCAGAUCAAUUUUGGAAAAUUGAAAAGCCUUUUCUCGCAGCUGUGUCAUCAACUCUUGGCGAUCGAUAUACAGAUAAUGUCGAAGGAAUUUACAAAAUCACUAUCAAAUUUAUCAUUGAAACACUCAUCGAGGGCUUUGAGAAAGGUCAACAGAGACAAAAUCAUGUAGGAAAUAGUAAAAAUGUAAAUUCUUGUAGUAACAAUACAAAUGGUGCCAAUGCAACAACCACGAUAAAUGGUGAUAGUAGCUGUAAGGCAAAACUAUCAAACGAUGCUUCAUGAACAUAAAUAUUGUGUGGAAAAACUUAAACAUUUCAAGUUGCGUCACAUCUUUUGGUUUCCAUUAACUGAUUAAUUUUUUUCUACAUCAUGAAGACAGCAGAAAAAAGUUUUGUUGAAGAAGUUUCUGACUUCAAAAUUAUGUUCAUGAAAGAGUGAUAAAAAAUAAAUUCAAGAAAAAAGAAAGUUAAUUAGGAAAGGCUAAAAAUUUGCCGAACUAUGCUAUGGUUCCGAAGAAGCAAAGGACCAAAAAGUACGAGCAUAUUUUUUACACUUUUUACUCACCAAUCGAGGUGAUGAUAAUGAUGAUUUUUGGGUUGGCUUAUUUAAAAUGUUAAGUAAAUUUUUCUUAACCUUAGUCGAGGCUGAGAGGAAACAUUUAGCCAGAAAACUAAUUAAAAAAUGUAAAUUGAUCAUUAGAUGAAAGGAAAAAAAAGCCAUUGAUAUUAAGCAUGGUAAAACAUACCCCAGCAUAGCUUAUAAGUAAGAUUUUAAUAAUAAUGACAAGUAAAUUUUCUUUGUGUGGUGUUGUUGCCAACUUAGAAGAACAAAAUGUUUGUGUUAUGG